UCAAAGCCCGUGAAAUUCACGACUUCUUCUGAUACGUCACAUCGCUCUCUGUCCUUUCCUCGGUCCUUUCUUCUUCUUUUUCUGUGAUAAAUAGUAAAAAGUCAGUUUUUUUUACUGCGCCGGGAAAGUCAAAAGGAAAAUGGAGUUGACUGGUUCUGGUUCCAGGUUUCAUUUCCCCCAACCAACACCGGUUGUCCAUAUAAAUUAUAACCGAAUAAGAACAUACUCUCGCCGGCAGACUGGUAGCGGAAACGAUUAUGGCUUCUUCCGGCCACCGCCUUGGACGCAAAGAUGACCCAAAUUUGGCCGAGCGAAUCGACGCCAGUUUCUUGAAAAUCAUACUUCAGACCACCGUUCGCGACAGGAAGCUGUUGAUUCCCAGAAAGUUCGUGACGGACUCCGUCGGCGGGUUGUUGAAGUGGAAAUCUGCGACUUUGAAGGUAAACGAUGGAGUGGAAUGGGAAGUGGGGCUGGCGAGGGAAGGGAAACAGGAUGUUUGUUUUGGAAACCAUGGGUGGGCGAGAUUUGCGCAGUAUUACUCUUUGGAGUACGGCCACUCCCUGGUGUUCAAGUAUUUGGGUCGAUCUACCUUCUUCGUGAUCAUAUUUGAUAGAUCUACCAUGGAGAUGGAUUACCCAGUCAGAGAAGAUGUGGGAAUCAAGGAAGAUGGUGGUGGUGGUGGUGGUGAGGUGGAUGCUGCUGCUGCAACAACAACAAAUCAGUUGAAGAGAAACAAAGGCAAAGGCAAAGGCGAAUCUAGCAAGAUGGUGAGGCAGGAAGAGGAACAAGGUUCAAAGGGGGAAGCACCUUCUGGAAACCCAUCUUCAAGUUCGUCAAGAAAGCGUAGAGCUCACUGAAGGCGAGUACUAUUAAGACUGAAAGGUCCACUCAAUAUGUUCAGAGAUGGUUUAUUUUAUGGGAACUUGUAGUGUUCUCUAUGGAGUAGGGAUAUGGCUGUUUUGUUUAUUUUGACAGCAUACUUGUUGUAUCAUCAAACCACAUUGUUGUAGAAUUUCUAUGUUGCCUGGCCACUAAGUAUUUGUAGUAGUACUGUAUUGUUUCUGCAGCUGUUCAUCACCUGGUUCUUAAACCAUGUUGCUUGGCUGGCUGGCUGGCUGGCAGGCCACAAGGCGUUGUAGAAAGCAGAAGAAAAACCAGCUACUGAC